AAAACAUAUAGGCGAACAUUUCUUUACACCACCAGCUGAAAAUAAAAAAAUAACAAACUACAAACAGCUCCUGAACAAUCAGAACUGCUGCUGCUCUGAAACAUUUGUGUUACAGUUUCCUUCAGGUCUAAAACACUGCCGGACUUUAGCAGGGAGCCACGAUGACAGCAAAGGACCUGUUGAAGACUCUCGAUGAUUUAAGUGAGGAGGAAUUCAAGAGGUUCAAAUGGUGUCUGAAGCAGCCUGAUUUCCUGGAAACCUACCAAACCAUCAAAGCCUCCAAUCUGGGGACGGCAGACAGGCUGGACACAGUGGAUCUGAUGGUGAACACCUAUGAACUUCAUGGAGCUCUGAUGGUCACCAAGAAGGUAUUAGAGGACAUACCCAGGAAAGACCUGGUGCAGAGUCUGCCAGAAACCUGCUCAGGACCAGAAGAAAAAGAGGAUCUGGAUGUGUUUGACCUGAAGAAAUGCUUUCCUUCAGUGGAGGCUCUUCUGAAGCCGCUUCCAGAGGUCAAAGCCUCCAACACAGCUCUGGUGGAGCCUGCUGGAGUCCGAUGGUUGAGACCAGGUCUGAGGAAGUAUUCCUGUGAACUCACAAUCGACACAAACACAGUGAACAGAAAGAUCAAACUGUCUGACAACAACAGGAAGGCGAUAUGUGUGGCGGAGGAUCAGUCAUAUCCUGAUCAUCCAGACAGGUUUGACUGGUGGCGGCAGCUGCUGUGUAGAGAUGGUCUGACUGGUCGCUGUUACUGGGAGGUCAAGUGGAGAGGAGGAGUUUAUAUAUCAGUGAGUUACAGAGGAAUCAGAAGGAGAGGAAACAGUUAUCGCUGCAGGUUUGGAAAGAACAAUCAGUCCUGGAGUCUGAGGUGCUCUGAUGUUGAUGGUUACUCUGUCUGGCACAAUAACAGAGAAAUACCCAUCUCCUCCUCCUCCUCCUCCUCCUCCUCCUCCUCUGGUAGAGUAGCAGUGUAUGUGGACUGUCCUGCUGGCUCUCUGUCCUUCUACAGAGUCUCCUCUGACACACUGAUCCACCUCCACACCUUCAACACCACAUUCACUGAACCUCUUUAUCCUGGCUUUGCAGUCUGGUUCAGGUCCGGUAAUGGAUUCUUUGUGUCCUCACCUGUUUCCUCAGUGUCUCUGUGUUCUGUGUAGGAGGGAGAGUCUCCUCUUGGUAGAGAACAGAUCAGUUGAGUCUGUACUCAGACCUGAACACUAUCCAACACCUUUCACUGCAUGAAAAGCAGGAUUUUCUGGUUGACUGUACAGGAAGUUCCUGCAUACUGUCUCAAAGUGGGUCUUACAAGCAGCUGGAAAACAAAUUUUAGUUUAUAAUAAAUAAAUAGCAUAGAAUAUACCACAGUAUUUGCCUAUUUAAAAUUAUGUGCCGUUUAGUCCAGUGUGUCCAAAUCUAGGUCUUAUAUUUGUAGCAUGGCUAAAACUUAGUUAUGAAUUUUAAUAGAUUUAUGAGA